AUGAGGGUUUUCGCGGUUAUUUGCUCUCUUCUCAGUAUGGUGGCUGCCCGGCCCCAUAGCCCUAACGACAGAAAACUAAGCUACCACCCCGCCCCAGAAAACAAUGGGCUGGGAAUCGCCGUCCUCGUCAUCCCCGGCGGCGGCUACGAACACGUCUCCCCGCAAGAAGCCAGCAACUCAACCACCUACCUCAACGCCCGGGGCUACGACGCCUGGGUCCUGAACUACACCGUCGCAGACAUAGCACCAACACCGCUCUACCCAGUUCCUUUGGAAGAAGCACUCAGUGCAGCCCGGUACAUCCGCACGCAGGAUAAAGUCAAAGUCGACAAACUCGGUAUCUGGGGCUACUCGGCCGGCGGACAUCUCGCAGCGGUGACUGUAACAAACCCCGACGCGGGUCUUGAUUUCGGAAUCCUUGCGUACCCGGUUAUAUCGAUGGAUUUGGCAAUCACGCAUAAUGGCUCGCGGACGAAUUUACUGGGCGAGAACCCGCCUCGAAAACUAGUGGAGAAGAUGUCUGCCGAGAAUAGAGUUACGGAGACGACGCCGCCGAUCUUUGUUUACCAUUCUGCGGAUGAUGCGACUGUUCCUGUGGAGAAUACGUUGCGGUUUGUUGGGGCUCUUACGGCGAAGCAGAGGCCGUUUCAGGUUUUGGUUAUCCCGGAUGGAGAGCAUGGGAUUGGGCUGGCGAUGGAUGAUCCGCAGAGGAAUUGGGCGCCGGAGUUGGAUCGGUUUAUGGCGUAUUCGAUCUGA